AUGGCAGCAGUCCCACAACCACCAUUGGCAGCAGUCCCACAACCACCAAUGGCAGCAGUCCCACAACCUCCAAUGGCAGCAGUCCCACAACCACCAAUGGCAGCAGUCCCACAACCACCAAUGGCAGCAGUCCCACAACCACCAAUGGCAGCAGUCCCACAACCACCAUCAGCAGCAGUCCCACAACCACCAUCAGCAGCAGUCCCGCAACCACCAAUGGCAGCAGUCCCGCAACCACCAAUGGCAGCAGUCCCACAACCACCAUCAGCAGCAGUCCCACAACCACCAAUGGCAGCAGUCCCACAACCACCAAUGGCAGCAGUCCCACAACCUCCAAUGGCAGCAGUCCCACAACCACCAAUGGCAGCAGUCCCACAACCUCCAAUGGCAGCAGUCCCACAACCACCAAUGGCAGCAGUCCCACAACCACCAAUGGCAGCAGUCCCGCAACCUCCAAUGGCAGCAGUCCCGCAACCUCCAAUGGCAGCAGUCCCGCAACCUCCAAUGGCAGCAGUCCCACAACCACCAAAGGCAGCAGUCCCACAACCACCAAUGGCAGCAGUCCCGCAACCACCAAUGGCAGCAGCGCGACAGUCACCGCUGGUGGUGGCCCCGGCGUGCCCACCAACUUCCGAUGGGCUAAAUGCUACUGAUGGCACGGGUAGUGGAUUAUCAAAAAGUCUUGUAAUACCAUCUGCUGCCGGGGGGUUGGCAGUAUCAUUGUCCGAGACUCAGCAAACUCGUGGAUACGGAAGAGAAACGGAGGAGAUUUUUUCAGGUAACCACCCCACUAGCAACCCCAAUUUACUGUCUCAUUCACCUUUGCUUGCAGGUCUUCCUUCCUGGAACAUCCCAAGUGCUUCAAGUUCUACUUGGGCGGGGUCGACAGUAACUCAAGUCUUUGUGCCCCAGCUGGAUGCUGUCCCAGCGCGCAGCGUCAUCUUACCGACUGCGGUGUGGUUUGACGACAGACUAGAGCGUGUAGUUGUUCCUCGAGUGAAUGCCACUUCUUCGGUGCCAAAGGGAUUACAAGAGGAAGGUUCUAGGCAGCGGUUAAAGCCGUCAUUCAAACGAGUGAAGGACAAAUACCUCUGGCGGCUGCCACCGUCGAAAGAGGGUAUAGCAAGUGAGUUGUGGCGUGGAGUUUACUGGAAGCAUGUUGAUGUGCAUCGUUACGUUUCCAGGCGGUAUUUUGGGGGACCGCCACCGGUUGAAUAA